CAACGAUAUCACCCUGAUAGGGGACGGAAGGAAAUGCCACAGACUGUUUGCUCUCCCAUACAUUCAUCCCUCCUUGUAUCCUUACCACCAUGAUUCAUCCCUCCGUCCUGGUCUUGGGCGUCGGACGGAGGCCACCACCACCACCAUGAUGGCCAGCAGCAACAGCCGCAGCCGCCGCAGCAGCAGCAGGGUGGUGGUGGUAGGGGUAGUGGUGGUGCUGGUGAGGGUGGUUGGGGGGCUCCUCGCCGAAGCGAAGCCGAUAAGCCUGGCGGAUCCUGUCCUGAAGCAGCCGCAGGUCCGUCCACAGGGUCUUGGGCAAUGUCACGCCCUGCAGACAGACAUCCAUGUGGAAAGAUAAGUAAAACAGAAUACCAGGCGGGUCAUUCCUGCGGUGCCAUUCUUGCCUCUUCUGUUGAGGUGUCGGACUCGAACGCCGCCGGCACCUGCUCUCUCAGCUGCCGAGCAAGUUGCUCGACCUCCAUCAGGACGCCAAGCGCCCCAGACCGACUCUCUGCACAUGCAUAGAUGGAUGGAUGCACACAAGGCAGGCCAGCCAGCCAGCCAUGCAUUAAUCUGGAUGCACUCGUUGUUCAGCCAGGCACCUACCGAGGUCUUCGAUCGAAAAAGCCGUCAUCAUUCUUUUGCUCCACUCGGUUGAGAUCUUGAUCUUCGCUGGGGGCCAAAAUUGCUGGGGGCAGGAGGCCGACCUGGUAGAGGCGGAAGGGCUUCUGCAGCACCGAGGGCACGGCGGUCAUGGCGGCGACGCCGUAGGCCCCACGGAUGUAGAUGUUGAUGUCGACAGGCGGCUCGGUCCGCUCCCAGUCUGGCCACAGGAGAUGGCCGACAAAGCUGCCACACGUGUACGCCUCUGCAUAGACAGACACACAGGCACACAGACAGACAGGCGAGCGCACACACAGACAAGUUCAGCAGCGAGCGCCUGCUUCUGUGUUAUGACUUCAGCCAUCUGGCCCUCCCUCAUGCGUACCGUCUUCGACGAGUCCCAUGCCCAGGGCGACGGUCUCCUCGGCCAGGGGAAGCGCCAGCAGGGUCUCAGGCAUCCUCUUGACUGGCGUGCAGUAGGGGCAUGGGAAUAGUAAUUCAGGGCACAU